AUGAAUUCAAAGUUAUUUAUUUUUCUAGCGUUAGCCGUUAAUUGUGUUUGGGGCCAAUUGUCAAUACAUCGGGGACUGGUAGGUCACGGUAGAGUGAUAGGCCAUAGCAAUUUUGGUGUUGUAGGCCACUCAUCGUUAGGUGGUGUUGUUGGACACGCACCGGCUUUUCACUUGGGAGCUGUCCGUAGCCAUCACGCCAUUGCCGCCGCUCCGAUCGCAGUGGCCCACGCACCCGCUUUCCGUGUUGCUCAGCCACUAGCUAUCGGUUCUAUCGGAUCUAUCGGUCUGGGACACGCUCAUGUCGGUCACGUACAGUCAAUCGGACCGGUUACUGCAGCCAUCCAGACUCACCGAUCACAUCAAGUAAUAGACGUCCCAACACCUCAGGAUGUUAUCCAACCCCAGACACUGAUUGUUGAGCCGAAUAUAUUGCCCGUGAAUAUCGAAUUCCGUUCGCAGUCCAGUCCAGUCAACGUCAAUCAGGUACACAUUCCCGGCCGUCCCGGCGAACAUCAGGCCACCCGAUCGGAGGAGGAGCCCGACAGACUUGUCCACGAAGUCGUUAAGCCGGUCAUACAGGAAGUGCGCGAAACUAUUGUCCCAUUCCGUCGCAUCACUCAAGAAGUACUGCCAGUUCAGGAAGAGGUUCAGACACUUGUGGCCAGAGGUCAGCGCCAACAAGUCAUUGCUCAACCCCAAGCUGUAGCCGUUGCCCAGCCCGUAGCCGUCGCUCAACCCGUAGCUGUUGCCCAUCGAGUAGCCGUCGCCGCACCGGCUGUUGCAGUGGCCCAACCGAUAGCCGUAGCUCAGCCGGCCUUUGCCGUUGCUCAGCCAGCUCUGGCUGUCGCCCAACAUUCCGGUCUCGCUUUGGCCGGAGGACACGGUUUAGCCACCGGUGGUCUCAUCACAACCGGAAUCAAUCGUUUCUCGGCCGGCGGUGGUCUCAUCAGAGCUUUAUAG